ACUUGCCAACAACGCAUAGAUUCGCUUAGAGUUUAUUUUCUUAUCUCUGGUAGAUAAACACGUUUAAAUGGAGAAAUGAGUUGGUAAAACACAUUUUGGAACAUUAGAGCAGGUACUUUAGCUGUCAGCGCGUACAGGUGUUUAUGGAAGUGCAUACAUUGUAGAUAUGAUGUAUAAAACAUGUAACGUUAAGGGAAGCAGGUGAAGUCCCGUCACUGAUGACCCAUGGCGUCUGUGCGCGUUGCUGUGCGGGUCCGUCCGCUGAGCCAAAGGGAGAAGGACCUUUCAGCCAAAGUCAUUAUACAAGUAGAUGGACAUAAAACCUCUGUCCUCAACAUGAAGGACAACUUCCACUGCAUGAGUGGAGAAUCGUGUGGCGAGAGUGUCAAGUCUUUCCCAUAUGAUUUCUCUUAUGAUUCAAUGGACAGCACAAGUCCAAGCUUUGUGACCCAGGAAAAGAUUUUCACAGAUCUUGGCACCGAUGUCCUGCAAGCUGCUUUUGAGGGUUACAAUGCCUGCGUCUUUGCGUACGGCCAGACAGGCUCAGGAAAGUCCUACACCAUGAUGGGCAACCCGGAUGAUUAUGGACUGAUUCCACGGAUCUGUGAGGGGCUGUUCCACCACAUCAGUGGAGUGUUACAAAAGGACAAGGCAUCAUUUCACAUGGAGGUCAGCUACUUUGAAAUCUACAAUGAGCGGGUUCGAGACCUCCUUCCCAGCACAGAGACGCAAGGCUGUGAGCUGAGAGUGAGGGAACAUCCUAAAGAUGGACCAUAUGUGGAGGCCCUCUCCAGACACCAUGUGCAGAGCUAUACUGAGGUUGGCCAGUUGAUGCAGGAGGGCAACAGAAGGCGUGCCACUGCCAGCACAGGCAUGAACCAUGUCAGCAGCCGAUCCCACGCCAUCUUCACCAUUCACUUCAUCAAGGCCAUGUUUGAUGCAGAUUUACCAAGUGAGACAGUGAGUAAGGUACACCUGGUUGACCUGGCAGGAAGUGAAAGAGCUAAUGCCACACAAGCGACUGGCAUCAGAUUGAAGGAGGGAGCCAACAUUAAUAAAUCAUUGGUUACUCUGGGCAUCGUUAUCUCUGCUUUAGCUGAUCUGUCUGUUGGUGGUGGACUGAAAAAGAAGCAAAACUUUGUUCCGUAUCGAGACUCUGUGCUUACCUGGCUCCUAAAGGACAGUCUUGGUGGAAACUCCAAAACCAUCAUGAUAGCCACCAUCUCCCCCGCUGACGUAAACUAUAGCGAAACUCUGAACACCCUUCGUUAUGCCAGCCGGGCCAAGAACAUUUUAAACAAACCCACUGUGAAUGAGGACAGCAGUGUAAAGAUUAUCAGAGAGCUGCGAGCUGAGAUUGCCCGCCUCAAAGCGCUGCUGUCUGCAGGAAAUCAGAUGGCGUCGUUUGAGCAGCCUUCAGGGUCGAGUGUGGAGGAGAGGCUUCAUCAGGAUGAAGCCAGAGUUCAGGAGCUGACAGAACAGUGGGCUAAUCGUUGGAAGGAAAUCAGCAAUAUUCUUGGGGAGGAUACAGUAGCUCUCAGAAAAGAGGGUAUCGGUGUAGUACUUGAUUCCCAAAUGCCGUAUUUAAUCUGCAUUGAUGAAGAUCGCCUCAGCACAGGAGUUGUUCUCUAUCAUUUAAAGGAAGGUAGAACUUCAGUUGGGGCUGGAGGAACCGAGCCUGAGCAGGAUAUAGUGCUCCAUGGUGAAGCUCUUCAGAGGGAACACUGUGUGUUUGAGAACCAGAGAGGAACCGUCACACUUGUGCCACUCCCAGGGGCCAAGUGUGUAGUAAACGGCGUGGAGGUAACCCAGCCAUGCCUUCUGACUCAGGGAGUGAACAUACAACUUGGAAAGGCCGCUAUGUUCCAUUUCAACCAUCCUCAGGAAGCAGCACAACUUCGAGAGAAACGCAAGUCUGGGCUCUUCGUGUCGAGUACCUCCACUGCAUUCUCUGUGGAGUCUUUCAGUCAUUUCAGCUCUGAAAAGGUUUCUGACCAACCCAAAAGUGACGCCAAUGCUCUACAAAGCAGUUGUUUCUCAGGAGAAAAUCACAGGAUAUUUCCCACAUCUCUUGCUGCUACAGAUUUACAAUUUCCUCAAAACAAGACAGACAGCAGUUUCAGUGGACCUUCAGAGUCUCAGCACGUUCCUGAGACACCCAGGGCACUUAUAGAACACCGUGCCACUAACAACCCUGCAGGAGAUGCCAAAAGUCUGGGAAAGUCACUUCAGACAAGGCUCGACAUCCAGUGGGAGAAGCAGCACUCAGCCCCUCAUAAAUCAGAAACUGAAGCUCCAUCAGUGGACAUGACAUAUAAGGAACUGGAGGGGGAGAAAACAGGGGUGAAUGGUGGGCUCUGGGAUACCAGGGAACUUCAGGAGUGCCUUAACGGGACCUCUGGAUUCCUGGAUGUUGAGCAGCAGUGUCUCUGGCACCCGGUCGUGGGCUCAGAAGGGAGCUUGUUAGCUGAGGAAUCCCAUAUACAGAGCAGGCACUCCACUACGGGAGGAGGGGCAGCCUUUGUCCCUAGCUUGACUCGCUUGGAGCACUUUUCACAGAGGCAUAGCCCACUUACCAUGGGGGGCCAAUUUAGCAAGCACUUGCUAUCCAGAACAUCUGUUGAGAGCCAAGAAACCAAAGCCCAACCAGAGGAAAGUGGAUUCAGCUCUAGCCUAGGGAGCCUUGUAGGAAGAGUGUCCUGGAUGCUGGCGGAUGCAGGACGUGUGCUUACAAACUCUUUGAAGGAGCAAACUGGUGGCAGAGGAAGCGCAUGGUACAAUCAAAUGUGCUCCGUGGUAAAAGAUCUUCCGUUUGUACACCAUAUCCAGUUUGAGUUGACUCUAAGACCACAUGUAAACCAAAAUCUGUCUCAUAGUGAGAUUUUGUCAGUAGGAGAACAGAGUGUAGCACUGUCUUCAAUGCAAGAUCCAUCGAGAUCCAGUACAGGUGAAUGGAUGGCUUUGGAGGCAACUCAAAUAAGGGAUUCAGUGACCACCCAAAGAACUGAGGGGCUGAAGGUAUGCUGCCAAAGACUUCAACCCGUACCUGAAUCCUUGCUCCAUCUCCAGAACCUUCCACCUCAACAGCUUCUCUCCUGCCUACAUAGUGUCAUCCCUGCCCCUUUGCUAAUGGAAGAGCGAGUGUUAGCUUUAUACUGGCUUGGCGUAGCCACCUGUUCUCAACCAGAACCACAACCUGGAGUUACUGUCAUUUUCCAGACUAAGCUUUUGGUGAUCACUUUUGAUCCUUUACCUGAUUCUUCCAGCCCCACACACUCUUUAAAUAUUUACUAUGAACUAUCCUUUCAGCAACUGCAGGAGAUCCACAUAGGUUUUGCUGGGCAGACUGUCAGACUAACGGGGAAAACGGAGAACAGUAUACUUGUCUUGCACACCUGCAAUGCAGGCCUAAGUCAAGAACUGUCCCGAACCUUACUUGAGGUCAUUUGUCCUUUCGAGAAAGGUGCACUGGACCAUCCGCUGCUGUCAAAUGACCUGGUACGUUUGUCUCUAAACUGGGACUCCCAUGUUAAGGAUUUGCUCCUACCUUCUGGUGGACGCCUUAUGUGCUCUUUCCAAAAAACCUUGACUAAGCUGGUCUUCCUGUUACAUGGUAACAUGCAGGGCGAGCGUCCAGCACUUGCGCACGUGCAACUGCUACUUUACACGACUGUCAGACUUCAGAAAUCAAGCCUCAAGCUGGACACAGACGUGGUUGUACCUGAUUCACAGGUUGCACCGAUAGACUUUGAACUUGUCCAGCUUGUCCUGACUGACACCCACCUGUGUCUCUUGUGGGAGAAUGCUGUUUACCACCCACCUCCACGUUCAGUAGCUGUGGUGGCACGCGAGGCCCAGUUCAAGAUAAUAGACCUGCGGCAGCGCUCUGAUGUUCGCUGUGUGCUGGUCAGAGAUGGAUACGGCAGUACGCGUCUGGAUGUUGUGUUGGCUCGUGCCUACCGGAAAUCCGGUGGUACUCGAGGUCGCUCGCAACCUCCAGAGGUCUGCAGUGCUGAUGUGGCAGCUGCCCAAUCUCCUACCAACUCUGAUUCAUCUCCCCGGAAUGAAGUGUGGAAAUUAACUUUCAGCAGCUCCGCUGAGGCCACCUUCCUGAUUAAUAACUUGUCAAACAUUUGAUCAAGGACCUUCCAGCAAAAUAAUUAACAGCCCAGUGCGGAGAAUUCGACAGGAGACUACAGAAAAGGCUGAGCGCACCGAAAACAUGACAUGAGUUGGUGCCACUAGGAUUUGAGAAAUAAAGAUGUUUUAUAAUUGUACAGUUUUUCUGUUACUUUUCCUUGAAGUUUUAUGACUUGUAUUGUGAUCAGGAAAAGUAAUCAUUGAAAGUAGUGCCCAUGAUCAAGGCUGGUUAAGACUGACAUUAGAUGUUUGACUGCCAGUAUUAAAUGGGAGGAUCAAGAAUGAUUAUUGAUUCAGAGUUACUGUAUAAUGCAUCUAUAAAAAUGUGUAAUACGUUUAAGAACCAGCACUCAACCUUAAUUUUCAUGUUCAUUCUCUUCAGUGCCAAUUAGAAAAUCUUAAAUAGAGAUUGCUUCUAAUUUGAUGCGUUUAUCCCUGUUUAUCCCAGUGGAAUUCAUUUUCUAAGACCGCACAAUUUAAGUUAUAUCAUUUUGGUUGGACAGUGAUGUACUACUGGAGCAUAAAAACUGCUUUUCCCUCUCUUCAAUUUUCACGCUCUUACCUACUCUGUCUUUGACUCAUAUAGCCUUGCAUCACAGAAAAUGCAUGUUGCAUGCCUGCAGCAUCCAGCAGCUAUCAGUAUUCAUCUCUUGAACUCGUCAUGGUGUGAGGAGAUGCCAGGGUCAAGGUGAGAUUUUUUUCCCCCUCUGCUGGGUCAUUUAAGUUUUCACUGCAUCACGUUGCUUGCUAAUAGCUUCAUGGUCCCUUUUGUUUCAGACCCUGCUGUGUAAAAUAUUAGUUAUGGUUCUCUCAUGCCUCCUUUUUUGCCAGUCAUGUUCCCUGUUGUAGACUUUAUGCCACUGAGGAAGAGGAGCAGGAGAAAGACAUUCUUCCUCCCUAUCCUCUCUAUAAAAUGCUGCUAUAGUGUGUAGAAAAUUAUGGGCGCUUGUACAGUGCAAUCAGCUAGGGCUUUUCUUUGACAGAAUGCCAGCAAGAGAGAGAGUGAGUUCCUUUUAAUAAAAGUACAUCAUGUGCCUUCUCAGAAAUCAGUGCUUUUCACCUUUUCAGACUUGAAAUACUGUGAGAGUGAAAAGCCCUGUCCUAAGGACAGAUUGCCAUGGGGGGUGGGGAGCUUUCAUGACAGACUAGCCUUGGCACACUCGUACUAUUUACUCUGCCCUCGAGCACUCUCACAAACAAGACAAGGUUGUUUUCUGAAACCCGCUAUGCUUUCCUUUUUGUGGCCUCUGGGUUUGGAAGGAGUCUUCAUCAGAAUGCUGAUGUCAGAUAAGUUUCUCUCUCCGUCUCUGGGUCUCUCUCACUGUCAUUUCUUUUUGACUAUGGUCUGUACCUCCAAUGUCAAGUCAUUAAUCACACUGCAGAAGUUAAGUGUGACUGGAGGCAGCACGCCGUUAUAAAUUGCACAAGCAAGAGAAGCCGUAAUUAGUUUGCAACAAACUUGAUUCAUAGGCCAUGUUGUGUAACUUGUAUUAGUUAUUUCCACUUUUUAUUCAGAUGAGUUUUUCUGUACAGCUAAUUAGCCUACUAGUAUUUUAAACAAACAAUGAUGCUGGUACUAACAAGCAAACCUAAUUGGCGAGGUUCAUUUUAUGAAGGAAAAUCAAAACGUGUGGUAUGGUAACAUUUCAUUUGUUCUUUAAAAUACUAAACAACCAGUCAGUAAGCAUGCUGAUAUAAGUGUUACUU